AUGUAUCAACAAUUGAAGGACAACAAACGUUGCCAAGUGUGUGGAGAUACUGCAUAUAUUUCUAACUAUGGAGCUUUAUCAUGUGCAUCGUGUAAAUCCUUCUUUCGUCGUCGUGGUUUUCAUCCUGAAAAUAUACCUAAAUGUGCUUUUUAUGAAAAUUGUCAUAUUACAGUAAAAUCGAGAAAAUUGUGUAGUGCAUGUCGUUUUACGAAAUGUCUUGAUGUUGGAAUGCAUCCAUAUCGGAUUCGAAAAGAAGAAAUUAUUGUAAGAAAACGAUCGUCCAAUGGAAUGCGAACUCCAUUAAAUCUUCUAUCGAAAGACGUAUCAUCUCUAAGUCCAACAAAUUGGGUAUUAUUAUCAAAUGUGAUUCAUGCAUUUGAUUCAUAUAGUCCUCUAUCUGAAGUACGAAGUACAAUUGAAGUUCUUACUAAUGUUUCACUAAAUGUACAAUACAGUGUACAACAAGCGCAAAAUAUGUUUAGUUCAAUUUGUCAAUCACUGCAGUUAACUGUUAGUUCAACGGCUGAUUUUCGAAUAAUGACAACUGAUGAACAAUUUUCUCUGCUUAAACGAAAUAUGGGCGGUGUUUGGACGUUUUAUUCUAUGGUUAUAUGUCAUCAAUGUAAUUUUCUUGAUAGUACAACAAGCAAAAGUAUUAUGGUACCCCUAUAUGGCGUUCAUAAUGUCGAGCGUGUAAGAUUAAUCAGCUUCCGACUUGAUCCUGAUAUCACACUUGUUAAACUUAUACUUAUGGUAUUAAGUUUUUCUUCGAAUUGUUUUGCAGUCAAGAAUGAUCAAAUUAAUAAAAGAGACAGCCUACUAAUGGGUACUUUUCGUCUAUUCGGUAGUCAAAAUGUAUAUACUGAAGUCAUGUGGCAAUACAUGUUGUAUAGAUAUGGAUAUUUCGAGUCUGCAAAACGUUUUCUGAUUCUUAUUAAAAUUAUGCUCGAUGAAAUAGAACUUGGAUCAAAGAUCUACGAGAACAAUCAAGUUCAUCAAGAUUUAGCAAAUGAAAUUGUUCAAGAAACUGCACGAUCAUGGGCUACUAAUAAUAGUGAAAGCGCACCCUUAUGGGGUAAAAAACUGUAA